UUUCCUCUUUCCAAAAUUACGCUAGUUUCUAUUUUUAUCUCUUAUUGCGUUUUCAUCCUUAUUUUCCCUAUUUAAUUUUAUUUCAUUUUCUAUUAACACUAUCAUUUCAACGACAAACAUGUCAGCCACAUACAACCUUCCACUAGUUAUCACCCAUCUUAUAUUGGAAUACGCGUCAACGGUCAACAAAAGGAACCUAACUUUGGCAUGGAAGCACUCGCUCAAAUUACUCGCCGUUUGUCAGGAGUGGAGAGCUAUAGGCAAGUGUGUAGUGUACAGAACGGCGUACCUGAUCGAAGAGACGCCAGACGAACCUGACGACAAAACAGAGAUAACAAACAUUGAUCUUAUCAAAUCAGUCAACUUUGCGCAUCUGGUCCGGACCGUGUUUGUCAUAGCGACUAACGAGAUGUGUCUCGGCACGUUCAUCCUCACACACAAAACUAUUUUCGAAUCAGACAAAUAUGAUUGGACUCGCGUCAACUGCUUCGAUAUGACUGUCAGCGAGUAUGUGGAUAAACGGAACGCGCUUCUUAUCGAUGAGCCGUCUUAUGAACUGGCGCCAGAUAACUCAUUUGCUGAUUAUUUUGCGGCCACUAUGCCCAAUGUAGUCAGCGUUAGCUUUAACAUAAACCCCGUCACCAACAAAACCACCGCACUGUGCAGCAGAAUUAUCAACGGAUACGGUGGCCAACUGCGCUCGAUAUACAAUAACUGCGUUACAAACUUCACAGCGUUUACAUCUCAGUCUUUUUUGGCGAAUCUGACGCAUUUGGAUAUCAAAUUGGACUCUGUGGUAGAGAGCAUCCUCCCAAAGAUCAAUCCAGCGGCACUCUUUCAUUUAAAGAUGUGGAAUGUGCCUUUGCAUUUCUCAUGGGAUUAUUUUUCUCAGAAUCAGUCCUCCAACAUUAUCGUCUUCAACCGAUUAAAGGUUUUGUUUUUGUCAUUUGUUGACGAGACAGUCAGUUCAAAUGUCAUUCACACAAAUAUUCAGGCCGGCUCAAAUAAUAUUAUUGGAAGGCAUUACGUUCGAUUUCCAAAGCUCGAUUACCUGACAAUUAUUAACAACCCAGGCACUCAGCUUCUCUCGGCACACUACACAUUUCCCGAGGUGAUUUGGUCAGUUACCAUUUCAAAAUCGCUGAAUACAAUACAAUUGGUCAAGGAGUCCAACAUAAAGGAGAUUAAGAGCCUGGUACUCUACGUCGACAAUAUCGGGCAAGAAAGCGAGUCCGAGUUUUACAGGUUGACUAACCAUUACUUUAAUAGCAAGACUCGCGUAUCUAGAAGCAGAAUCUGCCUCGAAAGGACACAUUUCCCCCUGGACUUCAACAGAAUCAACUGGACCAAUCUUACCCAGAUACAUUUGAGAGAGGUGAUUGAUAUUCAUCACAUCACAUCACUAUUAGCCAAUAUGUCCGAGUUGACCAGAUUGUCGGUUGGUUUUUUCCGCGUGGAUUCCUUUUCAGAGUUCAUAAGCGACGCGGUGUACAACACAGAUCAUAGCCGGUCAAAGUUGGCACCGCUCAACACGAGUAUCCAGGUGAUUAGUUUGGUCAAAGUUAUCUGUAAUGCUUUGCAGCUAGGUGAUUUGGAAACGUGGGUUUAUUUUCUGAUUCUGCAGCUACCUUCAUUGAGGCAGAUAAACAUAUUUCAAAAACAAUUUGUGGGCUUGAAUGCUUUUAUUUUACAGUUUGAAGCCUUAUAUCCCCAUAUUAGAAAUAUAAAAAUUAUGUACUAG